AUGCGGCUCUACAAUCUCCUCGCCACUGCGCUGCUGCCACUCCUCGCCCUAGCAGCCAAGAAGCCCGCAGCCUCGACGUUCGACACCUACUCCUCAAGAUCCUUCCCCAUCGAAGUCGAUGAAUCUUCCUACGACGCCAUCACACAUGCUCCUCGUGACUACUGGACAGCCGUUCUCCUGACUGCCCGCCCAGCCAAGUUCGCCUGCCAGCUAUGUCGGGAAUUCGACCCAGAAUGGAAGAUCCUGGCCUCAUCAUGGCAGAAGGGGGACAAGAACUCCGCAUCCCGAGUACUUUUCGCAACGCUUGAUUUCGACAACGGCAGAAACGUCUUCAUGAGAAACCAACUACAGACUGCUCCAGUGCUCUUCCUCUACCCGCCAACCAACGGUCCCGACGCCACCGGCUCCGGUAAGGAGAUCAGGAUGGACUUCCUGCAGUCUCAGUCAGCGGAGCAGACACACGCCUGGAUCCUGCGCCAACUCCCCUCGGACCCAGCAACACCAUAUCCGAAACUGGUCCGACCCGUCAACUACGGUCGGAUCGUUGCCAGCUUCAUGAUCCUGAUCGGCAUGUUCACCUUCGGCACCGUGGCGUACCCCUACAUUCUGCCCGUGCUUCAGUCCCGCAACCUGUGGGCGGCAGUCAGCCUCAUCGCGGUGCUGCUGUUCACCAGCGGACAUAUGUUCAACCACAUUCGAAAAGUGCCAUAUGUGCAGGGCAGCAAGGGCAAGAUCAUAUACUUUGCGAAUGGCUUUCAGACACAGUAUGGUAUGGAGACGCAGAUUGUGGCUGCCAUGUGUACGUAA